UCUCUCUCUCUCUCUCUCGCGGACUCAGAGCGGGAUUUGUCCGAAUUCUGAACCAGAUCGGACGAUGUUGUUCUUGUUUUUUGCUUGAUCUGCAUUAUCGUCAUCUCCGCAUUGUGUCGUUAAUCGUUCUUAUUUGUUUGUGAAUCUCGCCGGCUAUAAUUCUCUUACAACUUUUCUGGUAGCAGUAAUUCAUCACCAAUCAUCCUCAGAUAGGCAAUGGAUGUCGACAGUUGGCGCUGGGGAUUGGCCUAUGAUCAGUGGGUAACUUUGCCGGUGACUGGUUCUCGACCGCCAGCUCGUUAUAAGCAUGCUGCAGCAGUUGUUGAUCAGAAACUGUACAUUGUCGGUGGAAGCCGUAAUGGCCGAUAUCUCUCUGAUGUUCAGGUCUUGAACCUUACCAAUUUUUCAUGGUCCGCUCUUAAACUUCAAAUGAAUCCUGGUGUAGAGAAUUCUGAAGGCAAUGGUGGCCUAGUUGAGGCUUUUCCACCCAUUGCAGGGCAUAGUAUGGUCAAAUGGGAUAAGAAACUCAUUCUGCUUGGUGGAAAUUUAAAAGGAUCGUCUGAUAGAACUUUGGUCCUUGCAGUUCAUUGCAUUGAUCUAGAAACAGACACAUGGAGUGUUAUGGAGACUUCUGGAAAAGUUCCGAUUGCUUGUGCUGGACAUUCAGCGACUCUUUUUGGUUCUAAAAUCAUAAUGUUCGGCGGAGAAGACAGUAGCAGGAGGCUUAUAAAUGACAUCCACGUUCUUGAUUUAGAGACGUUAACCUGGGAUUUGGUGGAGACAAAGCAGACACCGCCAGCUCCAAGAUUUGAUCACACAGCCGCAAUGCAUGCAGACCACUACCUUCUAGUUUUUGGCGGUUGUUCUCAUUCAUCCUUUUUUAGUGAUCUUCAUGUGCUGGAUUUUCAUACUAUGGAGUGGUCUCAGCCACAAAUACAGGGUGAUUUGGCUACUCCUAGGGCAGGUCAUGCUGGUAUAACCAUUGACGAGAACUGGUAUAUAGUCGGUGGUGGUGAUAAUAAGAAUGGUUGCCCAGAGACAAUUGUGCUAAAUAUGUCUAAGCUUUCUUGGCUAGCUUUGACCAGCGUAAAGCAAAGAGAACCCCUUGCUAGUGAGGGAAUCAGUAUUAGUUUGGCUACAAUUGAUGAAGAUAAAUAUCUGGUUGCUUUUGGCGGUUACAACGGAAAGUAUAACAAUGAGGUUUUUAUCAUGAGACCCAAACCAAGAGACUCAUCACGUCCUAAGAUAUUCCAAUCACCAGCAGCAGCAGCGGCGGCUGCAUCUGUUACUGCUGCAUAUGCCUUGGCCAAGACUGAAAAGUUGGACUUCGCAAUAAUAGAAGAUGGUGUCUCUAAGGGAAGAGAAGAAAAGCAUUCUCAACCAAAUGGUACUAUUGAACUUGAGGCCCUUAGAGAAGAGAAAGCCAAGUUGGAACUAACACUUUCUGAAGUUCAUGGAGAAAGUUCUAAACUUAAACAAGAGAUUGAUGAAGUAAACAGCACUCAUGCAGAGCUGUCUAAGGAAUUUCAGUCAGUACAAGGUCAAUUAAUAGCUGAACGAUCAAGAUGCUUUAAAUUGGAGGCACAAAUAGCUGAGUUACAAAAGAUGCUAGAAUCGAUGCAAUCCAUUGAGAAUGAGGUCCAACUCCUGAGGGAACAAAAAUCUGCCCUGGAGAAACAUAUGGAGGAUGCUUCAUCAGUUGAGAAACAAGCUCCUGGAGGAGUGUGGCGGUGGAUCGCCGGGGGUAACAACUAGUCCUUGGAAUCCUGUUCGAUCGUUCCACACCAGCAAGACAACCACCUUCGUCAUGACACCGUGCAAUUAAGGUCAAUUUUGUUGCAACAAAAAUUUUCGAUACCAUUCUCUUAGGUUGGCACAUAACAGAGGCAACCUUUGAUAUCCAACAAAUUUGACUCGAAUAUCGUUUUUUUGGAAACUAUACAGGUAGUUAGACUUGUAUUCUUUUUCAACAUUUGUUCUUACACACAUUCUUUGGAUUGUCUUUGAUUUUGCUCUGUACUUCAUUGACAUGUUGGAGUAUUCUUCAUUUGGCUAAUGGUAAUGAUUUCUGGUA